GCCACCCCGCUCUGUCCUGCCAGUCCCGGGAGUCCCCCCCGCCAUGCGCCCAGGCUAGUGCGCCCAGGGCGCAGCGCCGACCCCGGCCGCGCCGGCCGCCCGCUCCCGCCGCCGGCAUGCUGCGCCCGCUGCUGCUCGCGGCGCUCUGCCUGGCCGGCCGGCUUGCAACUGCCCGCGGCUGUCAGCUGCCCUCCGAGUGGAGACCCCUGAGCGAGGGCUGCCGCGCCGAGCUGGCGGAGAUCAUCGUGUACGCCAAGGUGCUGGCGCUUCACCAGGAGGUGCACGGCCUGUACAACUACCUGCCGUGGCAGUACGAGGCCAGGGACGCGGGGCUCUUCUACUCGGCCGAGAUCGAGAUGCUGUGCGACCAGGCGUGGGGCAGCAUGCUCGAGGUGCCUGCGGGCUCCAGACUCAACCUCACUGGCCUGGGCUACUUCUCGUGUCACUCCCACACCGUGGUCCAGGACUACUCGUAUUUCUUCUUCCUCAGGAUGGAUGAGAAUUAUAAUCUCUUGCCUCACGGAGUCAAUUUCCAAGAUGCCAUCUUUCCAGACACUCAAGAGAACAGAAGGAUGUUUUCCAGCCUUUUCCAGUUUUCGAACUGUUCUCAAGGGCAGCAAUUGGCAACUUUUUCCAGUGACUGGGAGAUCCAGGAAGACAAUAGGCUCAUGUGUUCGUCCGUGCAGAAGGCUCUGUUUGAGGAGGAGGACCAUGUCAAGAAACUGCAGCAGAAGGUGGCCACUCUGGAGAAGCGGAACAAACAGCUUCGGGAUCGGGUGAAGAAGGUCAAGAGGUCAUUGAGGCAGGCACGGAAGAAUGGUCGCCACCUGGAGCUGGUGAACCAGAAGCUCAGCGAGAAAUUAGCAGCUGCAGCAGGUGCCCUCCCACACAUUAAUGCCCUGGGGCAGGAGCCACCAGGUGCCACGUACCUGCGGGGGUAGCAGGGACUGGGUAGUGGCCUAGCCUGGCUCUGCUGGAACAUGGUGCCUCUUGCCAGGGAAUGUAAAGUGAUGGUAGGUUUUAAUGUGCACAUAGGUCAAAAAAUCUUGUAGAUGAUGUUUUUAAUAUGCAUUUGGUAGUGCCUAGUUACUCGAAGGGGCAAGUCUUGCGAAUUUUCUUAGUUGCUGGGCUCCUUCCCUCUCUGCCUCGCUCCCAGACCUAGUGCUUGCAAGUCCAGAGGCAGCACGAUCCUGGAAUAUCAUGUGCUUGCCUAGGGCCUGUCUUCAGCUUUCAGGACCACACUGGAAAGUGUACUGACUGUGGAAAGAAUAUUUUAGAAUCUCUAGAUGUACAAGAAUCAAGGGUUUCAACCUUAUUUAGAAGAGAGGCAGUGGGAUCUCCAGGUCUGAGCUCCAGGACCAUCAUUAGUUUUGAGAAGGGAUCUGCAGCAAGUCUUGGAACAUUCUGGUGUCUCCUUUGCCAGUUUUGGAAGGAGGAGGGCAGGCUUGCAAAGCACCCAAGGAUGCCUGCAAAUAUACAUGUGCACGGUGUCCUUACUCCAGCCAGCAUUUCCUCACAGC